CUGCCUGAACACAACAGUUACUGUGGAUUUUUAAGAGACUCAGUUUAAGAAUUCAGGAAUUUCUGAUUCAUUCACAGGAUUUGCAAAUUCAUCAGCCCCUGAAAACUAAAGCAAAUUCAACAGGGAAAAUUUGAAGUGACAAUCAGACUUGGACAGAAAACACUAAGAGGAAACAUGAUACUUAUUUUUAAUAUCUCAAGCUUUCACAUAAAAUGGAGUGUUCUAUGUUUUUCCAAAGAACAGAAAAGAACAUCAACAAACAGGAGUUACAGUGGGCAAAUUUUGGACAAAAAAGGAACAUGGGCUUUUCAAGUCCAGUAUGUGUCCUUUUCUUCUUUCUUGGAGUCAAAGUAUAUUGCCAAUAUGAAAGUUAUCAAUGGGAUGAAGAUUAUGACCAAGAACCAGAUGAUGUCUACCAGACAGAAUUCCAAUUUCAACAAAAUAUAAACUAUGAAGCUCCAUUUCAUCAGCAUACUUUAGGUUGUGCCAGUGAAUGCUUCUGUCCACCUAACUUUCCAUCAUCAAUGUACUGUGAUAAUCGCAAACUAAAGACUAUCCCAAAUAUUCCAGCACACAUUCAGCAAGUCUAUCUUCAGUUCAAUGAAAUUGAGGCUGUGACUGCAGAUUCAUUUAUCAAUGCCACUCAUCUUAAAGAAAUCAACCUCAGCCACAAUAAAAUUAAAUCUCAAAAGAUUGAUCAUGGUGUGUUUGCUAAAUUGUCAAAUCUACUACAGCUUCACCUACAGCAUAACAAUUUAGAAGACUUUCCAUUUCCUCUUCCUAAGUCUUUGGAAAGGAUUUUUCUAGGUUACAAUGAAAUCUCCAGACUGCAGACAAAUGCUGUGAAUGGGCUUGUAAACCUGACCAUGCUUGAUCUCUGUUUUAAUCAAAUUGAUGAUUCUAUGUUACAAGCAAAAGUACUUGCCAAAAUGGAAAAAUUGAUGCAGCUCAACCUAUGUAAUAACAGAUUAGAAUCAAUGCCUCCUGGUUUGCCUUCUUCACUUAUGUAUCUGUCUUUAGAAAACAAUUCAAUAUCUUCUAUACCAGAAAAUUACUUCAACGAACUUCCGAAACUUCACGCUCUAAGAAUAUCACACAACAAACUACAAGACAUUCCAUACAAUAUUUUUAAUCUUUCCAACCUUAUAGAGCUCAAUGUUGGACACAACAAACUGAAGCAAGCAUUCUAUAUUCCAAGGAAUUUAGAACACCUAUACCUAGAAAAUAAUGAAAUUGAAAAUAUCAAUGUCACAGUGAUGUGUCCAUCAGUUGAUCCACUACAUUACCACCAUUUAACAUACAUUCGCGUAGAUCAAAAUAAGCUGAAAGCGCCAAUAAGCUCAUACAUUUUCCUCUGCUUCCCUCAUAUACACACUAUUUAUUAUGGUGAACAACAAAGCACUAAUGGUCAAACGAUACAACUGAAGACCCAAGUUUUCAGGAGAUUUCCAGAUGAUGGUGAUAGUGAAGAUCAUGAUGAUCAUCAUGAAGGCCCAGAAGAAGAAGCAACAGAAGAAAACAUUGAUGCUAACUAUUAUGGAAGUCAAGAAUGGCAAGGAACUGUAUAGAUGUAUUAACUUCUGGCCAGGAUGUGGUGAAGCACCUGAAGGCUUCAAGGUAGAGGUGGCGCUUUGAUGUGUGAGUAGUGACUGACUGACUGGCAGGGUGAAGAAAAUAAGGUUCCAAGGUGAGACUAACAUAAAGAUGAGGUAAUUAGUUGUUUUGCUUCUUGUACAGUUAAAACACUCCAAAUUUUGAGAAUUCUGGAGCACCUAUUUUUAUCUCCUCCUAAACUGACAAAAGAAGAUACAUUUAAGAACAGGCUUAGCAAAGAAAAAACUUGAUGGUAACAUGGAAUUUGAAAUCAGAUAUACCUUGGUGGAAGGCUGACUUCACUCACGUAACUAAGCAAGAUGACUCUGAGUGAGUUACUUCUUGAAGUCUCUCUUUCUGCAUUUCUGUAAGGAAGGUGGUUCUCACAGGGCUGUUAUAAGGACACAUAGAGAUAGUAUAUACAUACCAUAGCAUUUAACAAAGCACAUUCCAGUUACAAGGGUUUCCUGUGGCUCAGCAGUAAAGAAUGCCUGCAAUGCAGGAGACGAAGGAGAUGCAGGUUUGAUCCCUGGGUAGAGAAGAUCUCCUGGAGGAGGAAAUGGCAACCUACUCCAGUACUCUUGUCGAGACAAUCCUACAGACAGAGGAGGCUGGCAGGCUACAGCCUGGGGGGGGGUCACAAAGAGCGACUGAGCACACACACACAUGCAUGCCAGUUACAGGUAUCCUACGAGCAGUAACUAUUAUUGCAGCAUGUCCAGCCCAACCUCCCACUGGAUCUAUGUGCCCUGAGCCGUUAGCUGUGCUUCACAUGCCUCAGUGGACCCUCUAGAAAGCAGUUUGCAUCUUUGAGGUUCCUUCCAAGGUUCUAUUUGUACAAAAGAUUAGUAAACAAGAGAGAAUUUACUAAAGGUUUCAUUAGGGGAGAGAGGAGAUCUAAAAUCACAUAUCCACAACAAACAUAUUCCAAGUCAUUAUUUGAUGGUUUAACUUUCCAAAGCACCUCUAGAUAGCCUAGAAAGAUGGGGAGCAGAGUUUCCCAGACCCUUCACGAGGCAUUUGGCUGCCUGGCUCCUCUGGCCAGAGUAAGGUGAAACUCUUCCUGUCUAUUAGGCAGAAGAGGUCAAAGAUGCCAACUCUGCUCUCCCUUUAAAGGAAAGUACAUAUAAAUAUGUCACAAAAUGUCCUCCAGCUGCAGGGCCCAGAGGGAGGCAGAUGAACAACCAUCUUACAUUACUCAAAAACACCCGGAGGAACUCAUACUCCAGGUAGUUCUCAGUAAAAAGAAAACAAAACAAAUAACCACCAAUGCUUUCUGCAGAACAGAAGAAUAAAGUUCUACCUCCUACCAGAGUUACAGACAAAACUAGCUGAUAUAUCAGGAAAGAAAAAGAUGAAAAUUCAUCAAUUUUCUCAUUACACUUCAAAAUAUCAGCUAUAUUAGCUCUGAGGUUGAACUUUCUGUCUUUGUGCCCACUAAUGAAUAAAUUCAAAUGACACCAUGAACCCAAGCUUAACAAA